AUGGAAAUUACAGCUAAAUACAAAUCAUUAUGUUUAAUUGAAGAAACUAUGGGGACGAAGAGUGAUCGAAAUCAUCAUCUUCGAAUUGAAAUACUUGAUAAAAUUGAAUAUAUUUCAAUGUUAAAUAAUGGUGAUCACAUAUCGACAGACUUUCAAUGUCCAUUUGUACAAGAAUAUCGUCGUCGUCUAAUUAAGGAAUUACGUAAACGUCCAGAUCUUUUACCAUCUGAAGUACAAUUAUUUAUACCAUCAUAA